AUGAUUCUCGGCGUGCAAAUGAUGGAGAUGGACGUUUCGGCUCCGCGGACUACCGUCACCGCUUCCCACCAAAGCCUCGGUGCCCCUCGAAUGGCUUCGACCGGCAACGACGACAAAUGGGGCGACGACGACGACAACGACGGUUUCGAGGAGGUCGACAUGACGCCAGCGCCGGCGUAUCGUGCGCUGAAUGCGCACGGCUCUCCCUGGGGCACCGUCAGUGUCGGUGGCCAUGGCAUCAACAGUGCCGUCGGUGCGUCCUCCGUUGCUGGUGCCACGCACACACCCGUGUCGGUGUCGCGUGACCCGCGCAGCGCAGCGAAGAAGAAGACGCCACCCAACACCCCUCUGGCGCAUCGAGGAAGCGGUGGUGGCCCUGCGGUGUCCGUUGUUGCGACGACCCCGACGCCAGUGCGGCGUCCUGGUGGGAUGAGUCUGCGGAAGAAGUCGCCGCCCGUGCGCUCGACCCCAGCGGGCGAGGGAGGGAGCGGCGGCGGGGUGACCCCAUCCAUGCUCGGCGUCCGCCCCGGCGCGGCGUCUGGUAUGAAGCCGCUCCACCUGAGCACCGUUUCUUCAUCCCCGUCGAGCAUCGCGAAGCCUCCUGGUCAUCAAGUGAAAAUGGACGACGAUGAUAAGUGGGAUGAUGACUGGUAA